AUGGGAGGCAACGGAUUUGGUGGACCAAUCCCAAAUUCUCUGACCAACAUGUCAAAGCUCCAAGUGCUUGAUCUUUCAAGCAACUUGCUGACGGGCGUGGUGCCAUCUUUAGGAUCCUUGGCAAACUUGAGUGUACUGCUUCUAGGAGAUAAUAAACCCGAAGCUGAUGACUGGGCGUUCCUUACCUCUCUGACCAAUUGCACUAAGUUGUUAAUGUUAUCAAUGGAUGUAAAUAUCCUGAAUGGAAGUUUGCCAAAAGCAGUAGGCAAACUUUCAACAAAGCUUCAGCGGUUAAGCUUUGGAAGAAACCAAAUUUCUGGAAACAUACCAGCUGAGAUAGGCAAGCUUUUUUUUGAGGGCUUCAGCAGCAUAAGUUACAUUGAUAUAUCAAACAACAAAUUUGAAGGGCCAAUCCCAACUGGUGGUAUAUUCAGAAAUUCAACUAAGGGGACUAAAGCUCAACCAUCUGAAAGUUUCAAGGAGACAAUGAAGAGGGUGUCAUAUGGGGACAUCCUUAAAGCCACCAAUUGGUUCUCCCCGGUCAAGAGGAUCAGCUCCAGUCACACAGCAUCAGUCUACAUUGGUCGGUUUGAGUUCGAAACGGAUCUAGUGGCCAUCAAGGUCUUCCAUCUUAGCGAGCAAGGUUCGAGAAAUAGCUUUUUCAGCGAGUGUGAAGUGCUAAAACACAACCGCCACCGUAAUCUGGUUCAAGCUAUCACCCUGUGCUCCACGGUAGAUUUUGAGGGCAAUGAAUUCAAGGCUAUUGUAUACGAGUUCAUGGCAAACGGUAGCCUGGACAUCCAGACAAUGACCUCUCGCAUUGGUGACUUUGGGUCCGCCAAGUUUCUCUCUUCAGGUAUUGGCGGACCAGAAGGCUUGGUUGGUGUCGGAGGAACGAUUGGAUAUAUUGCACCUGAAUACGGGAUGGAAUGCAAAAUAUCGACAGGCUAUGACGUGUACAGCUUCGGGGUGCUGCUACUGGAGAUGCUCACGGCAAUUCGACCAAGGGACGCACUGUGCGGUGACGCUCUCAGCCUUCACAAGUAUGUUGGCCUAGCCUUCCCCGACAGAAUCACCGAGGUUCUAGAUCCUCAUAUGCCAUCCGAGGAGGAUGAGGCGGCCUUUUCCCUGCAUAUGCAAAAGUACAUUAUACCUUUGGUCAGCAUUGGCCUGAUGUGCACCAUGGAAUCACCGAAAGAUAGACCAGGGAUGCAUGAUGUUUGUGCCAAGAUUGUUGCCAUCAAACAGGCAUUUGUUGAGACCUUGUGAUCCACGGCAACUAGUCGGAUCGGCAUCCAACUAUAUGUUAAAUACCAUGUACAUAUUCGAUAGCACAGUUACUACACUACUCUAAUGCUUAUGUAGUACAAAACUAUAGUUGUAUCACUCGCAGAAUAUAACUGUAAUUAUGCAUCUGAAAUUAUCCAUCGCUAUGCUAUGCACCCGCCAAAAUUGGCGGUGCAGAUCUUAUGUUGAAGUGAGCAUUUUUAGCAUCUGAAAGCGAACGUGUAAGCUCUUGUAAAACUUUGUUUCACUGAACUGCAGAGGUGCAUUUUUCCUAUCUGAAAUG